AACCUGUCUUGCAGGCGUUGUCUUCGGUCAGUAGCCAUAAUUCAAAACUAUGUUUUAGACGCUUAAAUUUUAGUGUUUUUGAGUGUUUAUCGAUCGUGUUAUCUGCGAGCCGGUUAUCUUGCGAUUCCAAGUGUGACUCGUGUUAUUAUCUCGGUGCGGGGGCUAGGUGAUUGUGACAGCGGCUCUGAACUCAGGCUCUAGAAGUCAGUCGGCUUCUCGGUGCCGGUCGGUGUACAAGUGUUCGCGCGUCUAAGCAUGAAAUUAUAAUGGCCGGCAGAAUGCUAAAGUUCAUACGCGGCAAGGGGCAGCAGCCCUCUGCUGAGAGGCAGAAACUUCAGAAUGAACUGUUUGCCUUCCGCAAGACAGUCCAACACGGCUUCCCUCACAGAGCAUCAGCGCUAGCAUGGGACCCACUGCUGCGGGUGGUCGCCCUCGGCACGGCCACCGGCGCCCUCAAGGUGUACGGCAGACCCGGCGUCGAACUCUACGGACAGCACACCAACUCAGACUCCAGCGUCACACAGAUACUCUUCAUACCUGGCACAGGCCGUCUAGUAUCACUAUCAGAUGACAACAGUCUACAUCUAUGGGAAAUAAACGAAAAAUCGCUGGUUGAGUUAAAAACGUACAUAUUCGAGGGAAAGAACAAGAAGAUCUCUGCGCUAUGCGUCGAGUCGACGGGCAAGCACCUGGUGAUCGGAACCGAAGGCGGGAACAUAUACAACCUGGACCUUAACACGUUCGCUGUCACCGAAGAUGUGAUAUAUCAGGAUGUUGUUAUGCAGAAUUGUCCAGAAGACUUCAAAGUGAACCCCGGUGCGGUGGAAGCUAUCUGCGAGCACCCGAAGGUUCCGUCCCGCUUGCUGGUCGGCUACAACCGCGGGCUCGUCGUGCUGUGGGACCGCGUGGCGGCCGCGCCCACACACACCUUCGUGUCCAACCAGCAGCUGGAAAGCUUGUGUUGGAAUGAUGACGGCGAGCACUUCACAUCAUCUCACAACGACGGUUCAUACGUGACGUGGGAGGUGGCGGGCGCGGCCAGCGACCGGCCGCUCAAGGAGCCCGUCACUCCGUACGGCCCCUACCCCUGUAAGGCCAUCAGCAAGAUACUCACGCGGACCAGCGUCGAUGGAGACGAGAUCACUAUCUAUGCAGGUGGCAUGCCGCGAGCUUCAUACUCCGACAAAUACACAGUCACAGUACAACAGGGCGAAAAACACGUUGCCUUCGAUUUUACCAGUCGAGUUAUCGAUUUCUUCACAACGACUCCGGUGCCCCCGGACGGCGUCCCGCUGCAAGAGGAGAGGCCGGAGACACCCGCUCAAAUACAAGUACAAACCGUCAACCAGGUCGCCGCUGCCUUGGUGGUGCUAGCUGAGGAGGAGCUGGUAGUGAUAGACCUGUGUGACUCCCGCUGGCGGCCCAUCCGCCUGCCCUACCUGGUGUCCAUACACGCGUCCGCCGUCACCACCGCGCAGCUGGUGGACAACGUCGCCUCCAACGUCUACGAAAACAUUGUGGCUGCUGGCCAACAGCAGUGCGACAACAUGUACUCGGAGGGCGCGUGGCCCAUCUCGGGCGGCAGCGCGCCCCUGCCCGAGGCGGGCGAGCGCCAGCUGCUGCUGACGGGCCACGAGGACGGCUCCGUGCGCUUCUGGGACGUGGCCGCCGUGCCCAUGACGCCGCUCUACAAGUACACUACCGCGCAUCUCUUCAGCGGUGAAGAAAUUGGCGAGAACAACGACAGCCAAGCGGAUGAGGAAGAAUGGCCGCCUUUCAGACGAGUCGGGACCUUCGACCCCUACAGCGACGACCCGCGGCUUGCGGUCAAACGGGUGAUCCUUUGUCCCUUAUCGGGAAUGCUGACUAUUGGUGGAGCGGCGGGACACAUCGUCAUCGCUAGUCUCAAGACGUCCUCAAACACAGCAGAAGUCAAAUCUGUGACAGUGAACAUCGUGUCGGACCGAGACGGUUUCGUGUGGAAGGGACACGACCAGCUGACGUUAAGGUCCGGAUCGCUCACAUUCCCGCAAGGAUAUCAGGCGAGCUCUGUGGUACAACUGGUGCCCCCGGCGGCGGUGUCCGCGCUGGGCGCGCAGUGGGAGUGGGGGCUGGUGGUGGCGGGCACGGCGCACGGCCUGGCGCUGCUGGACGCGCUGCGCCCCGCGCCGCUGCUGCACAAGUGCACGCUCAACCCGCACGAUCAUUCCGGUGCCGGCGACACGCCGAUAUCUAGAAGAAAGUCUUUCAAGAAGUCGUUGAGGGAGUCGUUCCGGCGACUGAGGAAAGGCAGGUCACAACGGCGCCAGACUACGACCACGUCUAGCCCCACUUCACCCACACAACCCAUCCCUAAGAAGCCGGCAGACAAGGCGGCUUCGGACACUGACGCGGAGUUGAAGCCAGUGGAGCGCGCGGUGGAGGCGCGACCUGCUGACGACGGCUUCGGAUCCAUGGUGCGCUGUCUGUACUUCGCCAGGACAUUCCUUAUCAACACACAAAACUCGACUCCAACUCUCUGGGCGGGCACAAACAACGGUACCGUGUACGCAUUCACAAUAAACGUGCCGAACACGAACAAGAGGAAAGACGAGCCCGUCACGUGCCAGCUGGCCAAGGAGAUACAGCUCAAGCAUCGCGCGCCCGUCAUAGGGAUCACUGUACUGGACGGUGCGGCCGUACCGCUGCCAGAUCCAUUGGAGGUGGAGCGCGGCGUGGCGGCGCUGCCGGAGGGCGGCGCGCACCGCGUGGUCAUCACCUCGGAGGAGCAGUUCAAGGUGUUCGCGCUGCCCUCGCUCAAGCCCAGCAACAAGUACAAGCUCACCGCGCACGAGGGCGCCCGGGUCCGCCGCACGGCCUUCGCGUGGUUCGAGUGCAACACAUCGGAGGGCUCCCGCCACCGCGAGUGGUGCCUGCUGUGCCUCACCAACCUGGGCGACUGCCUCGUGCUCAGCCCCGAGCUGCGCCGGCAACUCAACGCGGCCGCCGUGCGCAAGGAGGACAUCAAUGGUAUUUCAAGUUUGUGCUUCUCGAAACGAGGCGAAGCUCUCUACCUGCACUCUUCAUCGGAACUACAACGGAUCAGUCUGUCCGCCACAAAGGUGACAAUUGCGCAGUGUCAUAUUAUCCUGUCUCCAUGGGCAGCUUCACUGCGCGGAGCCUUCGAAGAGCCGCCGCUAACUAAUGGCGACCACAAGCAGGAGGAAGUUCCCGAGGCCGCGCACGACGUGACGGCCGCGUCCGCCGACAUCACGGUGGACUCCGUGAGGGACCACACCAGCGCGCCAGAACAGCCGCCGGAACUCAACAUCAACCUGCAGAACUCGCAAGUGAACACGAGCUCGAUGGUAGUGAAGACGACGACGCGGACGAUGAUCAGCGACAGCAACGGCGACGGUACCACCACCACUACCACGACCACCUCCAACUCCACCACCGAAAACAUCCUAGAGCACAGUCGCGAGGAGGGAGUCAUCACGCGCAUCGAGACGGGCACCGUGACGGUCCCGGCCGGCACCGACCCGAAGCUGAUCCUCGAGAUGUUUGACCGCCAGCGCUCGCCGCUCAGCGUGCCCGUGCCGCCGCCGCCCGCCGCCGCCGAGACCAACUAACUGCCGCGCAACCGACACUUGCUCCCACACUCUCGUACUACUCACUGUCUGUAGUGUCUGUCGUACCCCGUAUUAGCGCACUCCGCUGCGUCGUACGUCCGGUAUGCACACCACCGAAUCAACACGACAUACCGGAAUUAUUUUAUCGUUUGACUACUUGUAUUUAAGUGACAAUCUUUAGUUAUACAAUUUAAUAGUAUAAUUUGUCUACGUAUUUAUCGCGUUAAUUCUUUCUUUUAUGCCUAGACAGCUAAAGGUACUGCCAUGAAAAGCUUUUAUUCUUACAAAACAAUUUGGUUACUCUAGGUCUUCAAAGUAUUUUCAUUUAGGAACAUUAUCUGUACAUUUAUUAAAUCCCUCGUAUUUUAGGGAAAUUGCAUUUUAUUAUAUUUAACUUUGAAUAUUAUAUAAUAAUUAUUUACGUGGCUUGCAUGUUUAUAUUGUGGCGAAUACUUUGGAUGUAAUUUUUCUUGCAAUGUUGUGUAUUAUUUAAUUUAAAAUGUUAUAGAUGUUUAAUUUGUACUUAAGAGUAUCACUAGAUUUUCUAUGACGAGAUUAUCUUAACUACAAUAUUGUUCUUAGUUCUAUAAAUACAUGGCGACCAUAGCUUUCGACACUAAUCGUGUAUAUUAAAAAUAAAGCUUGAUAUGUAACUAAAUCGAUCACGUAACCAAUCUUUACGCAAAAAUAAUGAUUAACGUUUAUUUUAGUACAAAAUCCGGAACGCCAUAGCAACGUUUGUUGUAACAGCAAUACUGCAAUAUAAUUGUGGAUUGUUUUAAGUAAUUUAUAGUUAAGUGAACAAUGUGAAAUUAAUAUUCUAAUUUAGAUAAGUUAGUAUUUCGUACAUUCGGAAUGAAUGUGAUGUGCCUAUUUAUUUCUUUUUUAUUAAAAUAAAGAUUGUAUCUAGGUAAUAGCAUUAGAAACUUUUUUGACAAUUAGUAAUGACUAGAAUAUAUUUUAUUAUGGAUAGCAUUUAGAUUUUCCACGGCGAGUUGGAGUAAACAUUUUUAUUGCCAAUUUUUUAUCGUAAUGAAAAUUGUUGUAUUACCUUUCAGUGUUUUACUUAAAUUAAACUGUAUAUUCCGUAAAUAUUAAUUGUAAUAAAUUAUAAUGUUGUACGAAUGGAAAGUUUUAUGCAAUAUUUUUUUAGCUUUUUAUUUUACUUAAUUUUAUAUAAUCAUUUGCAAGAUUAUUUUGUACCUUAAUUGGAAUUCCGUUAUGUUUUUAAUAAUAAAUGGCAGCUAAUAAUAUAAAUAGCUAUUUGCACAUCUUACUACACAUCACAAUUCGUGAUUUAAGGGGAUUGAUUUAUUGUUUUAGACAUAUAUUUUAUCAUAGAUAUAAGUUGAAUGUGCCUGUCUUUUUGUUAGUAAUGUUUGGCCCUCUGGCCGGUGUCGACAUAACAUUUACUGUAGGAAGUGUUGGGGUACUUGUAUGUUGUCCAAAAUGCUUCUAUUUAUAGUAUAUACAAUUUUUCUCCUUAUACUGUGGCAUUUUAAUAAACAUUUGAUACGAAAUUAUCAAUUUGUAUCCAACAUUCUUACAAGAAAAUAAAAGCUAAGACUAUA